AUGUGGGAGUUCCGGUCCAUGUCUUUUUGGCGGGCUGUGUUUGCCGAGUUUUACGGCACCAUGUUCUUUGUGUUUUUUGGGCUGGGAGCCGCUCUCCGCUGGACCACCGGGCCACACAAUGUGCUUCAAGUGGCUUUCUGCUUUGGACUGGCAGCUGCCACGUUCAUCCAAUCCAUUGGCCACAUCAGCGGUGGCCACAUCAACCCGGCGGUCACUUUCGCAUACCUGAUUGGCUCCCAGAUGUCCCUGUUUCGUGCAUUCUUCUACAUCUGUGCUCAGUGCUUGGGUGCAUUGGCUGGCGCCGCUGUGCUUUAUGGGGUCACGCCAACCAAUAUGAGAGGAAACCUGGCCUUGAAUACGCUUCAGCCUGGCAUCAGUAUGGGAAUGGCCACAACCAUAGAAAUAUUCCUGACUCUGCAGCUUGUGGUUUGUGUGUUCGCUGUGACCGAUGAGAGGAGAAACGGGCGACUGGGGUCUGCUGCCCUGUCUAUUGGCUUUUCUGUGCUUGUGGGACACCUGCUGGGGAUGUAUUACACUGGAGCCGGAAUGAACCCCGCCAGGUCUUUUGCCCCUGCUGUGCUCUAUAGGAACUUCAUUAACCAUUGGGUGUAUUGGGUGGGCCCUAUGAUCGGUGCUGCCAUUGGAGCACUGCUCUAUGACUUCAUGCUGUUCCCACGCAUGCGGGGUCUGUCCGAGAGACUGGCUGUGCUCAAGGGAAACAAACCAACAGAGGCCGAAGCCCAGCAGGAGACCCGAGGAGAGCCCAUCGAGCUCAAAACACAAGCCUUAUAAACACUGCCAGGAAACUGUGGAUCCCUGAAGCGACGCAUACGUAUGAUCAUUUCACACACACAUACACACACACACACACACACACACUUCCAGAGGCAAAU